AUGCCUGCCCAGCUGAUUUCUGGCGACGUUCGAGAAUUGCCACCGGACGAGCUGAGAGCCGUCUUGAAAGAUAUUGGCGUCACACGUAUUGAUACUGCCGCGAGGUACCAGAACGGGGAAUCCGAAAAGAUCAUCGGUCGGACCAAGCUUUCCCAAGACUUCACAAUCGACACCAAGGUUCUGUUCACCGGUCCAGCCGACCCUUGUCUCAACCCAGACGCUAUUGAGAAGUCCGUCUCCAACAGUCUUCAAGUUCUCGGAAUGGACAGGGUCAAUGUACUCUACUGCCACGCUCCUGAUUUCAGCACCCCUAUUGCCGAUCAAGCCAAGGCCUUCAACGACCAAUACAAGAAGGGACGAUUUACUCAUCUAGGAGUCAGUAACUUGAGCGCCGAUUAUCUUACCGAGUGGAUCCAGAUCGCCGAAAAGGAAGGAUACGUCAAGCCUUCUGUCUACCAGGGUCAGUACAAUCUGCUUUGCCGGUCGUUGGAAGAGACACUCUUUCCACUCCUACGCAAACACGGCAUCAAGUUUGCGGGAUACAGUCCCUUGGCAGGAGGUUUCUUGCUUGGGAAUUUCACUGCCGAUGGUGUACAAGGCGGCACACGCUUCGCUCUGAACACACCCUACAACAAAUGGUACAACCACGCAAGCAUGCACGAAGCGAUCAAAAAAUUGAGAGCCAUCUCUGAGAAGACCGGGCUCGACAUGGAUGAGUUGAGCUUCAGGUGGGAGAGAUAUCACAGCAUCCUCAACGAUGAAGAUGUGAUCAUUAUGGGCGCGAGCAAACCGGAGCAGAUUCGAUCGAGCGUCAAGAAAGCAAGCAACGGGCCUCUGGACGAUCAAGUUGCGAAGGAAUUGAGUGAUCUGUGGGGUCCUUGCAGAGACGAUGGUAUGGCAACGACAGAGUUCAAGAAACCAGAAUAA